CAUAUCCUCUCCAACAUUCGCCAUGGUCACCGCCCCGCUCACCGGCUCGGCCUUGAUCAAGGCGCUGAAGGGCGCCUCCGAUCCUCCCGUCGCUGGAGGCCCGACAAAAAUCGCCCUCGCCGCAGCCGCUUGGGCGGACGAAGGCCUCGUCGUGCCGCGCAAGGCCGACGUGAUCCGCGACUGGGUGCUUGAGGCGUGGGCACGGCCAAAGACCGGACAAAGCGCCAUCGCGAACGCAGACUACCACCAGCUCCUUGUGGACGUCUCGAAGGCGUGCGCCGCGCCGGCGCUGGCUCCGCUGUCGCUGCUCGGGACGUACAUCUCGAGCGCGGUGGACGACAACGAGCUUGGCCGGGCCGCCGCUGAGUCUCUUCCGUUGCUAUUUGGCGAAGGCGUCAAGUCGGACGCGUGGGCCGACAUGCUUGGCCGCCUCGUUACGGCCCUCGAGACCGGACCGUGGAACUCGCUGGCGCCAGCAGCGCGGCUCAUCUGCUCCGGCCUCGCUACCUCCCUCCCCACGUCUCCUAACGCUAAGAAGAUCGCGCAAUCCCUCCACGCCAAGCUUCCCGCCGUCGCCGGCGCGCUGCAUGCCCAUCCCCAGUUCAGCGAGGUCAUCAGCCCCAUCCUCCCCGCCCUCUUCUUCCCACUCGGUGUUCUCCAAACCGUCGAGCCAUUGAAGCAGCUGCUCAGUCACCUCCUCCCUCCCUCUCCGUCACCCACCUCGGAAUCGCUGUCACCGGCACUCGGCUUCGUCCCCGUUGCGCUCUCCGCGUUUAUCGACGCUACCAAGCAGCACCAAUACACCCUCUACGGCAAGGCGGACAAGGACAAGCCGCUCGAGGUCUACAUCGCCGACCGCACGCGCGCAGCGGUCAUUCCCGCCCUAGGUGCAGCAUUGGAUCUUCUAAAUCGCUUGGAAGACGGGGCGUUGGCCCGACCCUCCUCUUCCACUGCCGCACCUGCUCUGGGCUUCGCUCUCUGGAGCUCCCGCCUGGCGCUGUGGGAGCGUGUGCUGCAGUGGGGUGGAUACCUCGAGACGGACAGCAAGGCCGCUGCCCUCGUCACCGCCGAGGCGCGCCGUGGCUCGACCGCACUAGCAAUGUACGGUGCCACCGAGGGGCAGGGUGCCGAGGAGGGGUUGGCAGGCCGCGUCCUUCGCACGCUCGACGCGCUCGAGCGGCUUGAUCACGCCCGCUCGGCGCUCGGCACAGAUGUUGUGGGAUGGUGCCUUGCCGCGCCAGAACGGUGCCACCUCCCUGCGAGGACGCUGCUUGCAUCCAUUCUUCGGUAUCACGUCCUCACCCACUCGUUGGAGCAGUACUUUGUGCUCCUCGCGGAUGCUAUCCGCGGUCUUUUCGAUCCGUCUCUGCCAUCCGAGGCUCUCGACCCGUUGUACACCCUCGUGGCGACUGGGCCACUGACGGAGCGUGCCUUCCGCGCCGACCUGAGCGCGGCAGUGCGCGGUGUCAACCUCGGCGGGCGGCGCGGCGCCGUUUGGGCGUCGAUUCUGCGCCUGCUCGCUGCUCGCGCGAGAGAGGGCUUGGAAGGUGCCGAGACCGGAGGGAAGAGGAAGCGCGGAGUGUCCCCAUGUGGUGCGCGCCUCGCCGCUGUCCUCUCCCGCCUUGUCAAGGUCAUGUUGGACGCCAGCGCCCGUGCACGCGCCGGCGACGACGAGGAGGUCGUCCAGGAAGCUGUAGCGGCAUUUGGAGAUGAGUGGCCCGCGGUGGCGGAGGGAAAGAAGAAGCGCAAGUCGAUGGGAGGAGACGAUGCUGCAGAGCUCCUCUUCGCCGCUCGGCUGCGGGUGGCCCGUGCCGCCGGCCUCUUGCACCGUGACGAGGAAUUUAUCACGCGCACUCAGCUCGCGAGCGUCGCCGCGACAUUUACGCUUCCUGAGCUGCGCCUCGAGGCUUUCCACUUCCUGUACACGGCCCUCGCACUCCGCCAAGAGGCUGCAGUGGACAGCGGGGUCAUCGACGCGCUCUUGCCUACCCUCACCGCCUCCUCUAAAAAGGCGUGGAGCGGCCGCGACGCGAACGUCUCAGAGAAGACCCUCGCCGCAGCGGCAUGGACUCUGGCUGCAGAGGGCGGACUUUCCGUCUUCGAAACCGCCCUCCCCGCCCAGCUCGACACAUUGGCCUCGACGAUCGUGGCGCGCACCGGCCCAGUCGAGGAGGAUGAGGGGCUGAGCGUGCGCCGCGCCCUCGCCCGUGUCCUCGGCACCGCCGAAACGUGGGAGCUUUCCUCGCUCCGCGCCGCGCUCCUUCGCGCCCUCGUCACGGCGGCAAAGGAGGGCGGCGGCUUCGCUGUCCUCGCGGCGUCCCCCGCGCCGUGGUUGAGCAAGAGCGCGCGUGGCGCCCUGAUCGCAGCCGCGUACGAGGCGGACGCGAAUGCUGAGCCCGGGACCCGAGACGCCAUCCGAGCCUGGCUUGCGCGCCUGGCGGAGGGAGAUGUCCUCGGCCCACUCACGCAGGCAAGCACGCUCAAGCACCUCCUUAAGACCGCAGCUGGCGCCGAGGACGCGACCCUCGAACUCGUCGCUCUCGGCUUCACCUCCGUGGUGAAAACUGCGGCGCGCGACCCGGCCCCUCUUACCGCCGCGAUCGGCGUCCUGAAGAAGCCUUACAAGGCGAUGGACGUGCGAUCCCGCGCGGCCGCCGCGUUCUUCGACGCUGCCAACCCCAGCGGAUGGGAGGGAGAGCUGCGCGCCGCUGCGGAAUCGCUCGCGUCCGAGGCGAGGAAGAACCUCCCUGCAUCCACCCUCGGCGCCGACCCCGCCCGCCUGCGCGCCCACCUCUCCCUGGCGCGCUUCGAGGCACGCCUCGGCCGCGCAGUAGAAAGCGGUAACCUCCUCCCUGCCGUCUUGGCGUCGCGCGACCCCGCGGCCGCCACCCCCGCGCUGGAAGCCAUCGCGCUCGCCUCGGACACGGACACGACGCUGGCGGCAUACCUCACGCUGCGGUCGUUCGGGGGCACGGCGCUCGACGCCGCCUUCGCGGGCAUCGCAGCGUCCCUCACGGCGGAGGCGUACGCUGCGGCAUUCGCGGCCCUCCUUCCCCUCCUGCCGCGCGCGGGCGCGUUGCGCGCCACGCGCAUCCUCAUCUCCGCGCCCGUCAGCGGGUCUGGGCGCGCGCUCGCCGCCGUCCUCCCCGCCCUCUUGUCAGCGCUCGAGGGCGCCGCGGCCACGCAUGACGCUGCCGUGUUGGAGGAGACGCUGCGCGUCGUUAGCGCGCUCACGGACGACCGCACGGGCCUGCUGCGGCCCACGGACGCGGCCAUCCUCUUCGCCGUGCUCAGCACCAUCCUCCUCCCCGGUGCGGCGCCGACGGCCGCGCCUGACGCCGACAUCGUGCCCCUCGCCCUCGCCCCGCUACUUACGCUCACGCGGCACCGCGGCGACUUGCUUGUCGCGCACCUCCCCAGCGUGGUCGGCACGUUGGCGGCGUUCUUCCCGCUUCUGCAGCGCGCACGAGCGGGGCUGCGGCACAAGGCGCGGCGGCCGUGGUGGUUUGCCAUGGGCACUGAGCAGGUCGCCACUGCGCACGCCGCCCUGCUGGCCCGUACCCUCUCUUCGCUCGCCGUCGCCAAGAUCGGCACGGGGACGCGCACCCUUGCUGGCCCUCUCGCCAAGCAUGCGCCAGCAAUACUUGUCGCUUACGCGCGCGCUGCUAGUGACCCGUGGGCAGCGCUGCCGCCUGCUGUGCGCCGUGAACUCGAACCAGGACUCUUCGCGCUUGCGGACGUCAUUACUGCUGGUGGACGCGCCGAUGGGCGAGGGCGCGAGGGUGAGGGUGUUGGCGUGCCGUUUGGUCUUGGAGAGGCGCACGGCGAAGCUGAGCGUGAAGUUUGGGCCGAGGUGUGGAAGACUUGGGCUCGGAAGAGGUACACUGGCCGUGGAUAG